AGCAUAAAGUGGAUGCUAUCGACGAUUCGUUGUUUUCCACCGAUCUUCACACCCGGAAAGAAGAGCAACCGGACGGAUAUUGACUUAAUUGACAAUCGAUGAAGAAAUCAGUCGCUACAUUCUCCAACACAGGAAGAUUAAUUUCAUGGGAUUGCCUCGAUAACAUACGAUUUUGCGAUCCAUGGGAAGCUAAAUAUAUUGGUAAUAUGCGUGCAGUAGCUAUAUUUAUGUGCUUAGCUCUUGUCGCCGAAGUUGUUUGCCUUAUUUGGAAUUUUAUCACUUUCUGUGCAUGCUUUUGCAAAAGAUACAUAAUUCAUCCUCUUAUUCUUAUGUCGUUCAUCACCGCUGCAUUUUUGGCAGUAGCUGUCAUUAUCUAUGCGGCUACUUUCAGAGGACAUAUCGGAACUGUCGAAAUUCAUCGGGACGAAUAUGGUUAUUCCUUCUGGAUCGCAGUAGCUGCAUUAGUCCUAGCAGCAAUUGAUAUCGUUGUCGCUGCCAUGAGCGUAUUCCUCGGAGAACGAGGCCUUUAAAUACAACUACUUUGCUAUUUUGCCCAUUUUUCACUUCGAUCUUAGCUGUGCAUUUUGUGCAUUUAUGUGUUCCCUCUUUAUUGUACAUACCUGACGCGACUAAUGAAUCUUAUACAUCC